AUGGAAAAUGCAGCAGUUCCAAGUCCUGAUGAAGAAAUUUGUUGUAUCACUCUUGCUGUAGACUGCUGCAAUGUCUAUGUUGCUGGAUCAGGUCUUCUGGAUGUGGAUAGAUACGGAAAGUGCGCCAACCGCCCUAUUGCAAAUGAUGCCAACGUACUACUCGAAACUAUAAAAGAAUAUAAAUUUUACUUGUCGUUUGAGAAUUCUUUACAUUGUAGAGACUACAUAACUGAGAAAACUUUUUAUAAUGCAAUCGUUGUCGGUAUUGUUCCUGUUAUAAAUGGCCCUACACGAGAAGAUGUCUCGGCAAUAUUGCCAAAACGAUCUUUUAUCCAUUUAGAAGAUUUUGAAAAUCUGAAUAAAUUGGCUGAAUAUUUGAAAUACUUAGAUUCUAACGACACGGCGUAUCUAGAAUAUUUUAAUUGGUGGAAAGAACCAGGAACUCACAUCAUACCAAGAUAUGGCUUCAAUUUUGGACCACAACAUAUAAAUAGCAAUUCUUCAAACUGGUUUCAAUUUUGGAAAGCCGAAGAUGUCAUACAGAGGGGGAUGAUGGAAUUCGAAUGGAAGCGCUUCGGUCUUUAUCAUCUUUGCAGAAAAUUGCGUAACAAGGAACACUUAACAACUUCGAAAGUAGUUGCAGAUCUCAACCAAUGGUGGUAUGGAACCGAGUCGGAAGAAUGCAUCCGGUAG